AUGCCACAUUGUCAGCAUUGCAAAGCAAAAAGAUUCUUUCAUGAAACAAACAAUUUCUGUUGUGCUGAUGGAUCAAUCUCUUUGGUUACAAAUGAUGUUCCAGAUCAACUCUAUAAUCUGUUUGUUUCAAAUACUGCUGAAUCUACACAAUUUCGGACAUAUGUUCGAACGUACAACAACAAAUUUGCUUUCACAUCUUUUGGAGUUAAAUUUGACAGAAAUUUAUGUCGAAGAAACAGAGGAAUAUAUACAUUUCGAGCUCAAGGUCAAAUUUAUCACUGUCUCCCUGAUUUGAUUCCUUCAGAUGGUCAACCUUCUAAUUUGCAGCUAUAUUUCUAUGACAUUGAACAUGAAUUCGAGAAUCGCAUUGUUGACUCAAUCAGAAUGGAUCCUUCUAUUAUUGCCCAACUUAUGGAUCUCCUUCGUGUAAAUCCAUAUUCAACAUUUUUUCGAUCUAUUGGUGAUUUGCCAAAUUUAGAAUAUCAAAAAAUCUGUAUAAAAUCAGAUCCUGGUUUAGAUCAACGGGUGUUUAAUGCCCCAACAUCAUCAGAAGUUGCAACUAUUUGGGUUGAAAAUGAUGAUUCAGAACAUUUAAUACCUCGUGAUAUUUUCGUAUUUAAUCAUAUUGGCGGGAGUCAUUUAGCUCAAUAUUAUUUUGGAUGCUAUGAUCCGCUUCAAUAUCCUCUGUUGUUUCCUCUUGGAGAUAUUGGAUGGCACCAAGACAUACAAAGAAUUAACAAAAGAAUUGCAUCUGUAUCUGCCAAUAACUGCACAACUCAAUUAAUUGAUCCUCAUCAAUCAACAUCAGCAGAAGAAUUACUCAGAAGAGAAGAACAAGUUUUAAAGAAAAAGAGAAAAGAUCUCAUUGUUUCUUGCCGUGAAUAUUACUGUUACAAGUUGCAAAUUAGAGAAAAUCUGAAAUCUAUCCUUCUAAUCUCUGGCCGACUUCUUCAACAAUUUGUUGUUGACAUGUAUAUCAAGAUAGAGACUUCAAGGUUAGAUUAUUUUCGUUGCAAUCAACAACAUAUUCGAUCUGAAUUAUAUCAAGGCAUUGUUGAUAGCAUUAAUCUUGGAGAAACAAAUGCUUCAAGAAUUGGCAAACGUAUAAUUUUGCCUUCAUCUUUUAUUGGAGGCCCAAGAGAUAUGCAAAAAAGAUAUUUAGAAGCAAUGGUUUUAGUUCAACGAUAUGGCAAACCAGAUAUUUUUUUGACAAUGACAUGCAAUCCAAAUUGGAAAGAGAUCUCAACUCAAUUGUUACCACAUGAGGAAACCCAAAAUCGACCUGACUUAAUUGCUCGAAUUUUUAGAGCAAAAUUAGAGGAUCUGAAGUAUGAAUUAUUCAAACGAGAAAUAUUUGGAAAAAUCUCAGCAUAUGUUUAUGUUAUUGAGCACCAAAAAAGAGGACUUCCACAUGCCCAUUUCCUGAUUAUAUUGUGUCAAGAUUGGAAAUUAUACGCACCAGAAUCUUUUGAUAAGAUCGUAUCUGCUGAAUUACCUAACAAAGACAACAACUUACAUCUCUAUACAGCUGUUGUUAAGCAUAUGAUGCAUGGCCCAUGUGGAGUUCUAAAUCCAACAAAUGUAUGCAUGAAAAAAAAUGGUUGUUGCAAAAAUAAUUACCCAAAACAGUUUGUCUCAAACACUGUUGUUGGAAAUGAUUGCUUUCCAAUAUACAAACGCUGCAACAAUGGAAGAACAACCAAAAUCAGAGGACAUGAUUUAGAUAAUCAUUGGGUUGUUCCAUAUAACCCUUAUUUACUUGCAAAGUUUGACUGCCAUAUUAAUGUUGAGAUAUGUUCUACAAUAAAAGCUGUCAAGUAUCUUUACAAAUACAUUUAUAAAGGCCACGAUCGUGUUGCCUUCAAUCUGGUUUCUGAACAAAGCACUCAACAGAUUGAUGAAAUUGAAAGAUUUCAAUCAGCUCGAUGGAUUACUCCACCAGAGGCUAUGUGGAGAGUAUUUGGCUUUAUUAUCAAUGAGGUUCAUCCAGCAGUCUAUAACUUACAUUUACAUCUUGAAAAUCAGCACCAGGUUACUUUCCGUGCACAUGAAAACUUAACAAAUGUGAUACACUCUGACUUUUCAGCAAAGUCAAUGCUGACUGAAUUUUUCGCAACAAAUCAAGUUGAUCAGAAUGCCAGAAAAUUGUUGUAUAAAGAAUUUCCUGAAUUUUAUGUUUGGAGCCAACAAUACAAAAUGUGGACUAUUCGAAAAAAACAGGUUGUGAUAGGUCGAAUUGUUACAGCAAAUCCUUUUGAAGGAGAAAAGUAUUAUCUGCGGAUGUUAUUAAAUCAUAUAAGAGGUCCUUUAUCAUUUGAUCAUCUCAAAACUGUCAAUGGUAUCUUGGCCCCCACAUUUCGUGAAGCUGCAACUAUGUAUGGUUUAUUACAGAGAGAUGACAGUUUAGAAGAAUGCUUAUACGAAGCCUCUCUUUACCAAAUGCCUUUCAGUUUAAGAAGACUAUUUGCAACAAUUUUGGUUUACUGUAAUCCUACAAAUCCAAGAGAUCUCUGGGAACGCUUUGAACAAGAUAUGUCUGCUGAUUUUCAAUUAGUUGAAAGUUCUUCAUCAACUGUUAGAACUGAAACUUUACGCUCCAUCUCCACAAUAUUUGAAUCAAUGGGUAGAAACAUCAAUUCGUUCCAUCUUAUAGACCAAAACAUUGAUUUUGAUCAAGAUGAGUUUUUGUUUAGAGAAAUUGAUGAUGAAUUAGCUGUUCCAAUUCCAGAAGAAGAUCUUCAUGCAUCAACACUGCUUAAUUGCGAACAACAAAAUGCUUAUAAUUCUAUCUUACAAAAAGUUUUGUCAAAUGAACCUGCGAUGUUCUUUAUUGAUGGUCCUGGUGGUACAGGAAAAACAUUUUUAUACAAAGCACUCCUUGCUACAACAAGAACAAAGCAAUUAAUUGCUCUUGCAACUGCUUCAUCUGGUGUAGCUGCAUCAAUCUUACCUGGAGGUCGAACUGCACAUUCACGAUUCAAAAUUCCACUAGAUACCAACAAAAAUCUCACAUGUAGUGUCAGUAAACAAAGUGGACUUGCAAGAUUACUACAAAAAGUAAAGUUAAUCAUAUGGGAUGAAGCUCCUAUGUCAAGAAAAGAAUCUAUAGAAGCAUUGGAUAAAAUGCUAAAGGAUAUUAAUGAUUCAGAAUUAUCUUUUGGUGGAAAAGUUAUUGUAUUUGGUGGAGACUUUCGUUAG